AUGGAGAGGAACAUCGAUAUUUAUGCCACCAAGUUGGGUGAUGAGCGAUUGGAUGUGAAAGUGCGAGCGAAUGUCGCAACUGAGUUACGAGAUAGCAUUGAACCACUAUGUUCCGGUGCGAACUAUCCUAUCUUCCUUGCCAAGCUAUGGCCUAUCUUCAAAAUAAUUUUGGCUGGAGAACCUGUGUUCUUCAGCAUGUCUUAUGACCAGAAACUCCGUAAUUGCAUCCUUGAAACUUUACAUCGGUUACCAACAGCAUCUCCCGACGUUGAACCAUAUGCUGCCGACAUGGUCGACCUGCUCAUGGACCUUGCACGAAUUGAGAAUGAAGACAAUGCGGUAUUGUGUAUGAAGACAAUCAUGGAUUUGGAACGCAACCAAGCAAAGGCCACCGCGGCACGAGUGCAGCCUUUCUUGGAGCUUAUCCAAGAGAUGUUCCAGACAAUGGAGCAGGUAGUUCGGGAUACAUUUGAUACUCCUAACCAAGCGACUCCAUCUGGCAUGCCCUCCACACCGAACGCAACCGCCCAGAAUUUUCAAUCUCCUCGCCCAAGUUCCCCUGCUACAUCCGUUUCAGAUUUGGGCCCCGAGCAGCAGUCAAGUAAUGUCAUUCUUAAAGGCAUGCAGUCGUUUAAGGUUCUCGCUGAAUGUCCGAUCAUUGUCGUCUCGAUCUUCCAGACACAUCGCGCUUCGGUUGCAGCCAACGUCAAGCUUUUCGUUCCAUUGAUCAAAACGAUUCUGUUAUUGCAAGCAAAACCUCAAGAAAAAGCGCACAGCGACGCUGCUGCGCAAGGCACGAUAUUUACCGGGGUUUGCAAAGAGAUCAAGAAUCGCGCUGCUUUUGGAGAGUUCAUUACUGCCCAGGUGAAGACCAUGAGCUUUUUGGCCUACUUGCUCCGCCUUUAUGCUCACCAACUCCAAGACUUCCUUCCGACACUGCCAUCCGUCGUUGUGCGCUUACUUCAGGAUUGCCCACGAGAGAAGUCUGGGGCUCGAAAGGAGCUUCUGGUCGCCAUCCGACAUAUCAUCAACUUCAACUACCGUAAGAUAUUCCUCGAAAAGAUCGAUGAGCUUCUGGACGAGAGAACUCUUAUCGGUGAUGGUCUUACCGUUUAUGAGACUAUGAGACCAUUGGCGUACAGUAUGCUCGCUGAUUUAAUUCACCACGUACGCGACCAUCUCAGCCGUGAUCAGAUCCGUCGAACCGUCGAAGUGUACACCAAGAAUCUCCAUGAUGACUUCCCAGGUACCAGCUUCCAGACAAUGAGCGCCAAGCUGCUGCUCAACAUGGCAGAGAAGAUUUCCAAGCUCGAAGACAAGCGAGAGGCCCGUUACUUCCUCAUAAUGAUUCUAGAUGCCAUUGGUGACAAGUUUGCCUCGAUGAAUCACCAGUUCAACAAUUCUGUCAAGGUCUCUAAGGCCUAUAAGGAAUCUCGGAAGGAUGAUGACUCAAGCCCUGAGAAUUAUCUUGCUGAGAAGGAUCAACCGCCAGACUGGGAUGACAUUGACAUAUUCUCUGCCUCUCCAAUCAAGACUUCCAGCCCCCGCGAUCGUGGUGGAGACCCUGUCUCAGAUAAUAUCUUUCUCUUCAGAAACCUUAUCAAUGGCUUGAAGAAUAUCUUCCACCAGUUGAAGAACUGCAACCCAGAUGAUGUUCAGAUUGACCCCAACAGUGUUCCCAUCAACUGGUCUGAGGUUUCGUAUGGGUACAACGCUGAGGAGGUUGGUGUCAUCAAAAAGCUCUUCCAUGAGGGCGCUAGAGUCUUCCGCUACUAUGGCGUAGACCAGCCCCCCCCGGACAUGAAUUACUCCUCUCCCUUCGACUUCCUUGCCAGUCAAUACACAGCACCCAUGUCUCGCGAAGAGAAAGAGCUCCUGGAGAGCUUUGGCACUGUCUUUCACUGCAUUGACACGGCAACCUUCCAUGAAGUCUUCCAUUCGGAGAUCCCAUACCUCCAUGAGCUUAUGUUUGAGCAUGGCGCUCUACUACAUCUUCCGCAAUUUUUCUUGGCCAGUGAAGCAACAUCGCCUGCAUUUUCUGGCAUGGUACUGCAGUAUCUGAUGGAACGUAUUGAGGAGGUUGGGACCUCGGAUAUGACAAGGGCUAAGAUCCUACUGAGAAUGUUCAAGCUGUCCUUCAUGGCAGUAACGCUGUUUUCCGUUCAGAAUGAACAAGUUCUUCAUCCCCAUGUGACAAAGAUUGUCACAAAAUGCAUCGAGUUAUCGGUCACAGCCGAGGAGCCGAUGAAUUACUUCCUGCUACUGCGUUCUCUCUUCAGGAGCAUUGGUGGUGGUCGUUUCGAGCUUCUGUACAAGGAGAUUCUCCCUCUGCUGGAGAUGCUUCUCGAGACAUUCAACAAUUUGCUCAUGGCCGCUCGAAAGCCCCAGGAGCGGGAUCUCUAUGUGGAGCUCACUCUUACCGUUCCUGCAAGACUUAGCCAUCUCCUUCCUCAUUUGAGCUAUUUGAUGCGCCCAAUCGUUGUGGCACUGCGUGCGGACUCGGACCUUGUUGGGCAAGGGUUGCGUACAUUGGAACUUUGCGUCGAUAACCUGACAGCGGACUAUCUUGAUCCCAUAAUGGCUCCCAUUAUGGAUGAGUUAAUGACAGCUCUUUGGGAUCAUUUGCGGCCCCACCCAUACAACCACUUUCACGCCCAUACCACAAUGAGAAUUCUUGGAAAGCUGGGGGGACGCAACCGCAAGUUUCUCAACCAUCCGCCAGAACUGUCUUUCCAGCAGUACUCUGACGACAACCCAAGCUUUGAUAUUCGGCUCAUCGGCCCGGGCGAGAAGCGACCUUUCCCUGUCGACACCGGUAUUGACUUGGCCAUCGGCAAGCUUAUGGAGGCUCCUAAGACGGAUGCUGGCAAGGCAUCUGAUCUCUACUACAAGCAACAGGCUUUCCGCAUGCUCAGCUCGCACCUGAAGCUGCAGAUUGGAUUUGAGAACCUUCCCGAUGACCUCGCUUCUCUGAUCCGACUCCAUGCGAAUGACCUCUUCGAGAGCAAAGCCGGUGCCAUGGUUGACAUUCUCGAGAAAUCCGAGAGAUCGGCGUCUAUCCCAAAGAAGGUGGGGCAAGAAGCCACUGUUAAGAAGCUUCUCAAGGCUUGCAUUUUCGCCACAACCAUUCCUGAUCUUGAGCCUGCUGCAACUGCCUUUGUAGCUGAUGUUUGUAAGCACUUUGCCGUUGUCGAGGUUGGCCGAGCUCUUUCUCAGGCCCGCCAUGGCCGUAAGCCUUUCGAUGUGUCAAAUGGGGAAGGCCCUGUGCACCUGGAUUCGCGAAUCCUUGCUGAUGCCAUAAUCGAGACACUCUCUUCCGACAACGUUCACGUCCGGGAAGCUGCUGAGCAGGCCAUGCAAGUUGUGAAGGAAGCGGCCGGCGUCAUUUUCGGUGCUCCCGAGAAGGCAUCGAAACUUCCAUUCUUCCAGCAACUUGGCCGUGUCUUCUGCCACAGUUGCUAUAGUGAAGAAUGGUUCACAAAGGCCGGUGGCAGCUUGGGUAUCCAGCUUCUUGCUACCAAGCUGGACCUUGGAGAGGCUUGGCUUUAUGAGCGCCAUGUUGAUUUCUCGCGGGCUCUGAUGUACGUCAUCAAAGACACGCCUUCAGAUCUUCCUGCGGCUACCCGUGUCCAGUCCCAGGAGACAAUGACUUUGAUCCUUCAACGGUGUGGAAAAACCAUUCCUAAGGAUGAUCUAAAGAACGAGAAGAGUCGUCUUUUUGCUCUUUGUGGUUUCUUUGUCAAUGAGCUUGGCCACAUGAACAAGCAUGUCCGAGAGACGUCUCGCCGCUGCUUCGCCACACUAGCAGAAGAACUUGGAUGUGAAGUACACGAGCUCAUCUCUCCAGUGAAGGAUCGUCUUCUGCAGCCCAUUUUCAACAAGCCACUCCGUGCACUGCCAUUUGGGACGCAGAUUGGAUUCAUUGAUGCCAUCACUUACUGCUUGGGUCUGCACAACGAAAUUGUCACCUUCAAUGACCCCUUGAAUCGCUUGAUGUUGGAGUCUCUUGCCCUCGCUGAUGCGGAUGAUGACUCGCUCGCUUCCAAACCAAAUGAAUUUAGGAAUGCGGAUAUGAUUGUAAAUCUGCGUGUGGCUUGUCUGCGGCUUCUGUCAAUGGCGAUGAACUUCCAGGAGUUUGCCAACGCUCCAGGGAACACUAGUCGGGCACGUAUCAUUUCAGUGUUCUUCAAAUCUCUGUACUCUCGCUCUCCCGAAGUGAUCGAGGCUGCCAAUGCUGGUCUCAGGGACGUUCUUACGCAGACCAACAAACUGCCAAAGGAUUUGCUGCAGAAUGGAUUGCGUCCAAUUUUGAUGAAUCUGCAGGACCCCAAGCGUUUAAGCGUCGCUGGUCUCGAUGGCUUGGCUCGCCUCUUGACCCUUCUCACCAAUUAUUUCAAGGUCGAGAUUGGUGCUCGUCUUCUGGACCAUAUGAAGGUUAUUGCGGAUGACGCUAUGCUGCAAAAGGUAUCCUUUAGCCUUGUUGAGCAGAAUCCUGCUAUGAAAAUCGUGGCUGCUAUUUUUAACAUCUUCCAUCUCCUGCCCCCUGCUGCCACCUCGUUCAUGGAACAUCUUGUCAAUAAGGUCCUGGAUCUUGAGAAGAAGCUGAGAAGGACCUCUCACAGCCCUUUCCGCAAGCCUUUGGUGAAGUAUCUCAAUCGCUACCCAAAGGAAAGCUUGACGUUCUUCUUUGCACGAUUCAAGGACGAGCGGUUUGGCCGCUUUUUCGGGCAGAUUCUGGCUGACCCUGAAAGUGAAGCUCUUCGCAAUGCCGUGGUCGCUGACAGCGAGAACUUCCUGUCAACUGCAUUCGCGCAGGAUGCAACGGAUGGCAAGAACACAGCUGCUAUCAAUGGAAUUUACGUUGCGCAUGCCCUUUGCUCUUACGCUUCAACCAAGAAAUGGUUGGUUUCGCACCCGGACUCGAGAAUGAAACUUUUGACUUCUGGACGAGAGUUGGAGCGAAAGCUGCGCGGUGACAGCCUCCCUCCUGAUGAGCGUCUCAGGGUGGAACAGGCCGAGGACCAGUUGAUGGACAUUUUCACCACCUAUCUAGCAGAGGCCGCGCAUGACCUGGACUUCCUGUUCGAAGUCAUUGAUGGAUUGUCUGCAGACGAGCUAAAGCGCACACUGGCUCUACCCAAAUUUAUCUACCGUCACAUAAUCACCAACGAGUCUAUUGAUUACCGACGGUCUGUCAUCAUGCGUUGUCUCGACCUCUACGGCCAGCGGGCUUGCUCGCAGAAGACUAAGACUUAUGCAUUCCGCAAUUUGGUCAAUCCAAUCCUUGCAAUGGAUGUUCAGCUUACUUGGGGCAGCUCGCCAAACACUCCUAAACUGAUGGAUAAGAGUAUGACCGAAUCCAUUCAGAGCCGCGUGUGGAAGCCUCAAUUGGCGGAUCUUAGCGAGGAGUCCAAUCAGGCUGGAGUUGAUCACUCUCGCAUGGAGCUGCUGCAGCUGUCUGCUUUGUUGAUCAAGUAUCAUCACCCGACCGUGCAAGAUUCUCGCAAGGACAUCAUCAAGUUUGCUUGGAACUACAUUCGUCUUGAGGAUAUCAUCAACAAGUACGGUGCCUACGUUCUAAUCAGUUAUUUCAUCGCGCACUAUGAGACGCCUUUCAAGAUUGUGAUCCAGGUCUAUGUUGCCUUGCUGAGAGCCCACCAAAACGAAGGUCGGGCGCUUGUCACUCAGGCACUAGAUGUUUUGGCUCCUGUGCUUCCCACCCGAACUGCUGGCAAUCAAGGAGCCGAAGCACGGUAUCCACUUUGGGCCAAAUGGCCCCGUCGCAUCUUGGCUGAGGAAACCGCCAACUUGCAGCAGGUCAUGAGUAUCUUCCAGUUUCUCGUGCGGCAGCCCAACCUUUUCUAUGAUUCACGCGAGCAUUUUGUCCCUCUCAUUGUUCCCUCCCUUGUGAAGAUUGCCGGUCCGCCAAACACAUCCAAUGACAGCAAGAAGCUGGCUCUCAAACUUAUCAAUCUGGUUUGGCACUGGGAGGAAAGGCGAGCACAGGCGGCAGAUGCAAACAUCAUUGGGCCCAAUGGAAUGCUCGACUCUCCAAACACGAGGAAGCGUAAGCUGGAAGAAGCGCAAGAAACAUCAUCCCCUGCGCUGGGGCCCCCACCCAGCCGAGGUGGAUCUGAUUACACCGUGCCUGCUGAACUCCGAGCUGCUCUCAUCAAGUAUCUCAUUUCAUUUAUCACCACCAUCCCCGAACGUUUCUUGGUUCCAGCUGCCCAGAUUCGUCAGCUGCCAUCUUCCAAGCAGACGCCAGUAGUGCCCACUGGCGAGAUGGUGAAUAAGGCAGUGAAUCUUCUCAGAAAUCUUCUUUCAUCGGAAUACUGGGGAGAAAUUGACAUCGAUCUCUACCAGAAAGUCACAGAACCAAUCCUGGCAGGCGAGAAGGCGGAUAAACCAGAUGAGAAGCAUAUAACAGCGAUGGUAAACACGCUCCAAGUUCUGCGUGUUCUGAUCGCAGCCAAGUCCAAUGAGUGGAUUGCAGCUCGCCUCCCAGCCAUUCAGAAGCUUCUCGAGAAGCCAUUGAAAUCUGACAAUCCGGAGAUCCAGGAUUGCCUUCAUGGCCUGGAAGAUGAGAUGGACAUCUCUCCAAAACUGCCACCUCCGGUUCGACGUGUGCUUGAAGCUAUACCUGAUGAUGCGCCAGACGACGAGGAUGCAAUGGAUACUGAGAGUACCGCGUCCGAGUUUGCUACGUACCUGUCUGCCAUUGCAACUGAAACACUCUCCGCAAGCAAUUACGUGUCAAGUCUGAACACGCUCUGGACCCUUUCAAAGCAUAAGCCUGCUGAGAUCGACAGCCACAUUCCUGCUGUCAUGAAAGCAUUUUCGCAAAAGCUUGCCAAGGAGCAUGUCGCGGCCUCUUCCCAGCAAAACGGUGCACCGCUUUCGAACGGUGCCCCAAAGCCUGCUGAAGGGGUUCCAGACCAGCAAGAAUCCGAGAUCGGGGUUGACCUUAUCUUCAAAACAAUUGAAUUGAUCUCCGUCCGGAUGUCUCACCUUGGUGACCAGCGACGCCCAUUCCUGAGCGUGUUGGCAUCCAUCGUGGAACGAUCGCAAAACAUCAAGCUGUGCAGCAAGGUCUUGGGCAUGGCAGAGGAAUGGAUCUUCCAUUCGACUGAGUCAUGGCCGACCCUGAAGGAGAAAACAGCAGUUUUGCAUAAGAUGCUGCUGUUCGAAUCACGACCAGACCAGACGAUGCUGAAGAAAUUCCUUGACCUUGUCAUCCGGAUAUAUGAAGACUCCAAGAUUACUCGCACGGAGCUAACUGUCCGGCUGGAACAUGCUUUCUUGAUCGGAACGAGAGCGCAAGAUGUCGAAAUGCGUAAUCGGUUCAUGAGCAUUUUCGACCGCAGUUUGACUCGCUUGGCAUCCUCACGGUUGAGCUACGUGCUCACCUGUCAAAACUGGGAUACCCUCGCAGAUUCGUUCUGGCUGGCCCAAGCCUCGCAUCUCAUUCUUGGAUGUGUGGAUAUGAAUGCUACUGCCCGCUUGCAUCCUGAUGACUUCAAGCUCUACCCCUUGUCGUUCCUUCUCGCUGGGGGUGAAAAGGACCCAAGGAAGGCCGAUAUCAUGGUUGACAGCCAGUUAGAAACCUUCGUUGCUGAGCGCAAGCGUUUCAUGUCCGAAGUUGGCGAUGUAAAGGUUCGUGAUUUGAUCGAACCUCUGUGUCAGCUUCAGCACACCGAUCCGAACGUCUCUUACAAGCUUUGGACCACGCUCUUCCCCAUCUACUGGUCAACAUUGUCUAAGGACGACCGCAUUGAUCUGGAGAAGGGAAUGGUCACAUUGCUUACUCGGGAGUACCACCAAAGACAGUUGGACAAGCGCCCCAACGUCGUGCAAGCUCUUCUCGAAGGCGUUGUACGCGCUCGUCCUCGGUUCAAGGUCCCUCCCCACGUCAUGAAAUAUCUUAGCCGUACCUAUGAUGCCUGGUACACUGCCGCUACCUACCUGGAGGAGAGUGCCAUCAACCCAAUCAUCGACACACCGACUGUUCGCGAGAGCAACCUCGACGCCCUGGUCGAGGUUUAUGCCGGCCUACAAGAAGAUGAUUUCUUCUAUGGUACAUGGCGACGCCGCUGCAAGUUUGUUGAAACUAAUGCAGCACUGUCCUAUGAGCAACAGGGCAUGUGGGAUAAGUCUCAGCAGCUUUAUGAGAAUGCGCAAAUCAAAGCCCGCUCUGGAGCUAUGCCGUUCUCUCAAGGUGAAUACUUCGUAUGGGAAGAUCACUGGUUGAUCUGCGCGCAGAAACUUCAGCAAUGGGAGGUCCUAAGCGAUUUUGCCAAACACGAGAACUUGAACGACCUGUUGCUUGAGGCCGCAUGGAGAAAUAUUGAGAACUGGCAGAGCGAGGGCAACCGCGAACAGCUAGAAUCUCUGAUUAAAUCUGUUUCUGAUGCUCCUACUCCGCGACGCACUUUCUUCCAGGCUUUCAUGGCUCUGCUUCAAUUCCACACGAAAAAAGAGAACAUCCAAGACUUCAACAGUGUCUGCGACGAAUCUAUUCAGCUGUCUAUCCGCAAGUGGCUGCAAUUACCCAAGCGCAUCACCAAUGCGCACAUUCCCAUCUUGCAACACUUCCAGUUACUCGUUGAGCUCCACGAUGCUAGUCACAUAUGUGGUAGCCUAGCCCAGACUAAUGAGCGCAACCUGGAUACUAAAUCUGCUGAGCUGAAGCUUCUUCUGGGAACCUGGCGGGACCGGUUGCCCAAUCUGUGGGACGACAUCAAUACUUGGCAGGACCUUGUGACCUGGCGACAACACAUUUUCCAACUCAUCAACGGCACCUACCUCAGUCUUCUUCCACCCCAGACAAACAAUGUCGCCAGCAACUCCUAUGCCUAUCGUGGAUACCAUGAGACCGCUUGGAUCAUCAACCGCUUCGCCCACGUCGCCCGCAAGCAUCAAAUGCCGGAAGUCUGCAUUAACCAGCUGAGCCGGAUUUACACUCUGCCGAACAUUGAAAUCCAAGAGGCUUUCCUCAAGUUGCGUGAACAAGCUAAGUGUCAUUAUCAGAACCCGAAGGAACUCAACACUGGAUUGGAUGUUAUCAAUAACACCAAUCUCAACUACUUCGGUCCUCAGCAGAAGGCUGAGUUCUAUACUCUGAAGGGCAUGUUCCUCGCGAAACUUGAUCAUGUAGCCGAGGCCAACGAGGCAUUCGGUGUUGCUCUCUACUACGAUCUUCGUCUUGCAAAGGCCUGGUCUGAGUGGGGACAGUACAGUGAUCAGCGUUUCAAGGCAGACCCAACAGACUACGAGCUCGCUAGCAAUGCGGUUAGCUGUUAUCUGGAGGCGGCUGGUCUCUACAAGAGUGCGAAAUCGCGAAAGCUGCUUAGCCGUAUUUUGUGGCUCCUAAGCUUGGACAAUGACGAAGGCCAGAUCGCAAGUGCCUUUGAGACCUUCAAGGGAGAGACGCCAGUCUGGUACUGGAUCACCUUUAUUCCUCAACUGCUUACAAGCUUGUCUCAUCGCGAAGCCCGCCUGUGCAAGGCUGUCCUCGUGAAGAUCGCCAAGCUGUACCCGCAAGCGCUUUUCUUCUUGCUUCGCGUUAACAGAGAGGACAUGUUGAGCAUUAAGAAACAGCAUGACCAGAAACAGGAGAAGCUGAAUCGUGUCAAACAAGCACAGCAGUCAUCCUCCCCGAGCCAGAAGCCAAAUGGUGGAGCAUCACCCGCACAGAAACCCCCAACCAGCGUUUCUGCCCCCAGUGCUUCUCCAGCCAACCAGGCCGCGAACCUCGCAACAGCCCAGUCACCAGCUCAAAACCAGUCUGCCCAGCAGUCACCAGCCCAACCUCCAAGCCAGUUGCAGGCGUCUCCUCUUCAAAAUUCCACCCCAGGUCAACCUCAAGCUCUUCAACAGCCCCAGGGUGCCCAAGGUCACUUACAAGUUCCAGGCCAGAAUGCAGGCCAGCAGCUGCAAGGAUCUUCUACGACCGAGCCCGAAAAAGAGCCUCUCAAGAAGCCCUGGGAGUACUCGGACGAGAUCAUGUCCGGCCUCAAGACAGCCUUCCCGUUGCUUGCUCUGUCCAUGGAGACGAUGGUGGAUCAGAUCCAGAAGUACUUCAAAUGUCCUCCGGAUGAGGAUGCUUAUCGACUUAUUGUUGCUCUCCUCAACGACGGACUGGCCUAUGUUGGACGCAUGCCUGUGUCGUAUGCGCAGGACUUCAAGCUGCCUUCUGCUACAGAAGCCAACAUCACCCGAUUUGCAGAGACCAUUCUUCCAGCGCAUAUCCGCAAGUCCUUUGAAGCAGACUUCGUCAUCAAGAAGCCCACCAUGCACGAGUACAUCCACAAGCUGCGUCGCUGGCGUGACAAGUUCGAGGAGAAGCUCGACCGUCGACCUCAGUCCUCAAAUCUUGAGAGUUACUCCCCACACCUUAGCGAGUUCCGCUUUCUCAAGUUUGACGAGGUCGAAGUUCCUGGGCAGUACCUCCUGCAUAAAGAUAAGAACCAGGACUUUGUCCGCAUUGACCGAUUCCUGCCUGAUGUGGACCUGGUACGGGGUAUUGGUGUUUGCCACCGCCGUCUCAAGAUUCGUGGUCAUGAUGGUAGUAUCCAUGCAUUUGCUGUUCAGCACCCUGCAGCUCGCCACUGCCGUCGUGAAGAGCGCAUCCUUCAGCUGUUCCGGAUCUUCAAUGGUUUGUUGGCCAAGCGCAAGGAAAGCCGUCGCCGUAACCUCUACUUCCACCUUCCUCUCAUGGUGCCACUAGCGCCGCAUAUCCGCCUGGUUCGCGACGAUUCUUCGUACAUCUCUAUGCAGGGCAUCUAUGAGGAUUACUGCAGACGUGUUGGCAUUAACAAGGAUGAGCCUGUUCUUUUCACUAUGGAUCGCAUGCGGUCUGUGCAAGAGGCGAAGCAGAAUCGCACUCCCGACCAAAUCCAGGUCAUUCGGACCGAAAUCUUGACAGCUAUUCAAGAAAAAUGGGUCCCUAGCACCGUGGUCUUGGAGUACUUCCAGCAGACCUACCCCAACUUCGCCGACUUCUGGCUGUUCCGACGUCAAUUCGCCUACCAGUACGCAGCGGUCGCUUUCAUGACUUAUGUGAUGCACAUCGGCAACCGGUACCCCAACAAGAUCUUGGUCUCCCGCUCGACAGGCGACAUCUGGGGUGCGGAAUUGAUUCCCAGCGUUAACCCUGCCAAGGCAAUCUUCUACAACCCAGAGCAGGUGCCAUUCCGCUUCACGCCCAACAUCCAGACUUUGUUGGGUCCCAUUGCCACCGAAGGUGUGUUUGCCUGUGCUAUGAUGGCGAUUUCACGCUGUUUGACGGAGCCGCGCCACGAGUUGGAGCAGCAGCUCAGCAUCUUUGUGCGCGACGAGAUGAUGUUCUGGGCCACUGCUCAGCACCGCGGCAGUCUUCCUGUCCCACAGCUUCGCGAUUUGGUCAACAACAACAGCGAGAUUAUUGUCAACCGUGCUGUCAGCCUCGCCAGCCCGCCUGAGGGUAACCUGCCUGCGAACCAAACCACGAUCGAUUUGAUCUCCAAGGCAGUCAACCCCCAGCACCUGGCAUCGUGCGAUGCGUUGUGGAUGCCAUACCUUUAA